CUUCGGUUUUUUCUUCUCCUGGCUCCUAACUAAUUGUGUCGGCAUGUGUGCUGGGGGAUAAUUUGUUGGUCUCACUUCGGACUGGCUUUAAAUUUAUUGUUUGCCCAGAGAAAAGUGUCAAAUGCAGACGAUUUUCACAAUCGGAUGAUGAAUGAUAAAUUGUGGUAUCCCCUUUCCCCGACAAACUACAUGCUACACGAACUGCACUUUUGCAACUAAUUAUGUCCGCUCAUUAUUAACCCCGCUGUCGAGUCAACAAGAAAAGUCAUUCUUGACAUCCCAGAAAAGGGAAAGGAAACGGGCAGUGGAAAAAACCAAGCAAACAUGCUUUUGUCAUUUGCGCAAAUUAAUGCACGACAGUUGAGGAACAGUAGUGACGCGGAAAACGAGGGGCUUACAAAAAGCAGAUGCUGUUUAUUCGGGUAGCUCUUAGGGAAGGUCAACUGUAUGUGCUGGCCUCGGCCUUUUAUCAUUUAUUGUCUCGGGAAAACGAGGAAACGAGUCCUUAAGUCGAUGUACAAACAAUAUGAGGGAAAAAGAAAUUUUC